UCUACCGCGACUUAGAAAGACGCCCAUCGGACGAACAUGGAAAUCAAAGCUGAGGUAAGAUAGUUAUUUGACUCGUUGGGUUUUCACCUCGUUGCUCUUUUAAAUCGCAACAUUCCGUCGGCUGUAUAGUAAGAAGAACAUGCCAAAAUAUGAGAAGAGUUUAUGAUACUAAAGUCUUGCGUUCUUGGUGUCUCUCGAGUCUCGCAAUUUUGUAUUUUAACAUUCGCCACCCCCACACGAGGCGACUACAAAAACGUUUCUCGACGAAAGUCAGCAAACCCUAAAAGAUUCUUAGAAUCGGCCAUGAUGAAAACAAAAACAAUUGUCAAAGUCUCUACGAUUUCUAUAGACAUCGAAGCUUCAAGAAAUAAUACUAACAUGCCUCAAUCGGCGGAAACUAUAAACAUAGUGAUUAAAACAAAAGUAAAAUAGGUGAAAUAUAUGGUAACAACUUUAUACCGUAACGAGAAUUGACUCUAAAGUGUAGUCAAGGAAGGUUUUUUUUUCUGCAAAACAACUGCUAAUAUUUAGUUCGAAGGAGUCUCACAAUAACAGAAUCCGAAUUUUAAAUCACACGGCGUCGCUGGAGGCAUCGACCUACUCGAAUCUCACAGGAUUCCUUCACUUUGACAACAAGUUAUACAUUGGCGAAAGAGGAAGACGACGAGGUGACCCAUUCCGAACACCUUCGCGACGUGGAAAGAAAUGACAAGGACGCAUCUAAACUAGUCGCUAGAUACUUUAAUCUCCCUAAUCAUUCAAAACAGCAUAUGGCAGUUUGCGGCCUUUCCUUACAUCUAGGCAGUUCGGAAAGCCGCAAAACACUAGAACAAAAAUUUAUCUUUCAAAUCGGCACCCUUAUCCCCACGGAAUCAACGAGCGCUUUUCAUUCAACUAAUUUAUCCCUGAAAUUAAAAGCUCCUCGCAGCUAAGAACACUACUGAACGAGUAGUUGAAAAUAGGACCUGAAAAAAAUUCAGGCCCGUACGGGAGAGAUGAAAUUAACAGCUCCUCGAAGCUCCUCGCAACACUUCACCGCAGUGCAAAUAUAUGAAUUCCAUAUAUCUAAAAUCAUCAUUCAUCACCUGGAUGGUUUAUUUGGACCCAACACAUUGAAAAUUACCAAUAACCAUUCAAAUUAUUCCAAGCAUUUUCAGGAAGGAAACUAAGUAGUUACUACGGAAACAACACAGCCCCUUAGAGACCCCUUGAAUAUCGAUUUGUAAUUGGCUCAAAGAUAGAUGUCUCAAUACACUGGUGUUCGUCAGCUAAAAACAAUCACAAGGUUUGAGCGCUAAUUAAAUUAGCUUUGUACUGAACAGCAUUUCACAAAUGAGUAAGUAAGAAAAGAACAAUCAAGAAAGCAGAUUCAUACUUAACAAAACUUGUGGUCAACAAUAAACCAAUCAAUUCGCUCAAGCACGGUACCAGGACCUAUCAGUAGAAGAAUUGUCUAGAUACCUAGCCGCUGUUCGGGAUAAAAGGAGAAACAGAUCAGAGAACGGACUUGAGAGAACAGCAGAGGGAAAACAGUCAUGAGAGUCUUGAGAUCUUUUCCCCAUUCCCUGUUUGAAAUAAUAAAGUGCACUUUGUGUGGCGGUAAUUUUUGUAACAUGGGUAGAAACAGCUGAUGCUUCAGAAAUAACAGCGGUUACUGAGGUACUGUUGUAAAGCUUUGUGUGUUGUUUGAAAUUUUUUUGUCUCACAGCCAGGAGAAACUAAAGAGGAGAGAGAGACAGGCAAAGGGUUGACCUACUCUAUAGACGAUACUCCACCAUGGUACCUCAGUAUCGUGUUGGGAUUCCAGGUAGGGCAAUUUAUCAACACCAGUCCCUUAGCAUCUCAGUUCCAUCAAAAUUUUAGUUUUUAUGGUUCAAUUUAAUGAACAGGAUAAGGGCAUUUUAUCAUAUUGUCUUGCAGCAUUACUUGACCAUGUUCGGUUCAACACUGGCGAUUCCUCUUGUUUUAGCCAAGCCCAUGUGCUACGACCAGAAUCCGUUAGCUACAAGUGAGAUCAUUGGCACCAUAUUCUUCAUAUCUGGAAUUUGUACCUUAUUGCAAACAACUUUUGGAAAUAGGUAAAAGGCAGUAUUAUGAUAGCAAUUAAAUAAUUUUUGCCCACUCAUUUUUAGGUUGGAGGUGAGACGGAAUAAAAACGCACGCAAAAUACGGGAGAGAUCAAACAAAGUUCCCUUAACUACAUCUGAAAAAUACUUAAAUCGUCGACUGACCGAGCCAAAUUCUACUUCCUACUCGCUUCUUCUUCCCAUCUUUGCUACCUAUAAACUUAUAUUGGCUAAAAACUCUUGACAAUAGAAAUUUCAUAGAUCGUAUGAGCUUUAGCCAUGAUUACAUUCUUUCUUUUCAGACUUCCCAUCGUCCAAGGCGGCACCUUCUCGUUUCUUACACCUACUUUUGCUAUUCUAAGUCUUCCUCAAUGGAAAUGUCCCUCUCCUCCCUCAACGGCAAUACCACCAACAGGUAACACUGAUGAAAACUGGUCCUGUUGUAAUGCUUGCGAGCAGGGUCUCAUGGGUACUGUAGCAGUAACCUCCCAGUAAAACGAUUUGCUUGUGGGCCACCUGUUGUUCAGAGAAAGCUUGAAAGCCAACUCGUAAUGGGUGCAGGUUUUGGUUUUUAUAGGGAAUAUCUUAUAGGGAAUAUCAAUUUUCAUCCGAUUCUUGAGAGUCUAUUGACCUAAUACAGAGCUACAUGCUUAUUUACUAAUUUUAAUCAAAAUGAUAUGUCUCUUCCACGAAAGUGUUUUUUUGGUUUUUUUUUGCGUGUAGUUUGCUUUGAAAUAUACUAUCAGCAGAUGAGUAACAAGAAAUCACCAUCAAAAGAGAAAUCGCUUUUUCAUUUCUUUGUUUAGGAGCGGUCAAUUUAAGUACUACAGCCUCACUCUUGAACGUCACCACAACUUCACCAAGUCCAUCUGUCCUUGGCUACACUGACAUAUGGAAACCAAGAAUGAGAGAGGUACCUGGAACCUAGAUUCACUGAAAACUUAAAAUAACUUAGAUUACAUGAAGGCUGGCUUUAGAAAAAGUUCACAUUGUUUUCCUGUUCCUAAACCUUUCUUUUAUCUAUUUUUAUUGUGUCUUUGUAGAUCCAAGGAGCCAUCAUGGUAGCAUCUCUGUUUCAAAUUUUCAUCGGCUUUACUGGUUUAGUAGGGUUUCUUCUUCGUUUUAUUGGACCGCUGACUAUCGCUCCAACCAUAACUUUGGUUGGAUUGGCUUUGUUUCAAGCUGCAGCAGAUUUCUCGGGUGCGUGUUAAUAUCUUAUAGCAUGUUCUUUUGCACCGUGUUGGUUUCAGAGAGGCCUUGGGUAUGACCGUUACAAAUAGCACUCGAAUUUUCAUGCAUCAUUUUAUACCAUGUACAUGUGAACAUAGAUAUUUUCUCUUGAUCUCGUACUAUUUGUAUUAUCACAGAUAAUCCUACACAUUUUAAUUUUUGGGGAUUUAUCAGUUUGUCCUCUACCCGCCAAAAUAGGGUCCACAGGAAAAGUUUCGUACAAAAAAACGUCCUUAAACCCUCUUCUAAAUAAAGUAUAGGGGAGAAGGAAAGGAAAAAGGCCUCUAUUUGAGUUUGCUGUUAUCAGUCACUCCUUUGGGACUGUCAUGUCCUAUCUUGUAAGAUGGUUAUAAAUAGUUCAGUCAUAUGUCUCAAAUAGGUAGUGUGUGGCAACUCAAUAAGUGAUAAGGGUUGAUUAAAGUUUGUUAUUAUUACAGGUAUCCAUUGGGGUAUAUCUAUUACGUAAGUACAAAGUUUGAGAUGAAUAGUUUAAUAAUCAUUAUGAUUUGAAUCCGUCUUCAGCGCUGAUUUCAAGCCUUCAAUGCAUGUUUUUGAUUCUCAGUCAUUUUCUCUCGCUAUCAUUCAACUACACUGAUCCACAACCUUAAAAGUUUCAGUACUAAACCAUCAACAUGGCGAUCGUCAAUUUUAGAUGAGCAUCACAAACUUUUUAUUUAUCAUUUUAUACAUUUAUUUAUUCCAGAACCAUUGCGCUUAUUACAGUAUUCUCUCAAUACCUAAAGAAUGUCAAGAUACCUUUUCCUGGCUAUUCAAGGGACAAAGGGAUGUACAUGGCCAGAUUUGCGUUAUUCAGAAUGUUUCCGGUCAGUUGCAACAUUAUCUAUUUGUUUGGGCAGAUUAAAGUUUUUACAUCCGUCGUGCGCAUCGUGCGAGACCUGAGCAAGCCCCACCUUAUCAAAAUUUGCAUAAUAUUUUGACUAACAGACAAAUUUCAUGACGAAAUCAUAUCAUAUACGAACUCAGCAGAUGAAUGACGAGACACAAACAACGCUGGCUGCGUCAUUAUGAAGUAUGCCUCAGCUUAAUCCUCACUUUCAGUAUUUCAUUGUCCUUCAACUAUUCGAGAUUAGGCACCUUUAUUCAGUUUUUAGCCGUAGAGAUUUCGUCAUGUAUUUGUUAGAAACUGAACUAAGCACUCACUUGAUUGUUUAGCAGUUCCUCAGGAGUUUUUGAUUUUAAUAGUAAAAUGCUUGUUCUGGUUCAGAGACUUCAGCGGAACAUUUUCAGCGAAACAGAAGCACGCUUCUUUCCUUUUGUUUUAAUCUCUAAAAAGGGAAGUCGCAUUUUAAAGUCAAAGUCAUUCUGUUGUUUCGUUUGUGUUUUAAUCUUAGAUUCUGCUGGGGAUCAUCUUAUCGUGGAUCAUUUGCGCCAUUGUCACUGCUGCUGGUGGAUUUACUGAUGACCAGAACAAUCCACAGUACCAGGCAAGAACAGACGCUAGAAUUUUCGUUUUGAAAGAGGCAGAGUGGUUUAGAUUCCCGUAUCCCGGUAAGAGAAAUAAAAGAUCAGCACGUAUAUUUAAGACUUAGUUAGAAGAGGGUAUUUCGCGCGCCGCUGUACGUCAUAGUCAUAGACUAUAGAGUGUACAUCAAAGUAAAGUUCUCUAUCCUGACCCCUUUAACUUAUGAUACCGCAAUGGAUUUUGGUAGUCUAUGACCCCGCUCACGAACCUUUAUCUCAGGUUGCCCUUGCGCUGUCUAACGAUUAAUGAUUUCGCUAUUUACGGUAGUUUCUUGGGGACAUGACAGUAUAAAGAAUUAAAGACCUAAUAUUAAGCAAUGUACAGAAUAUACAAUAUUAAAGUAUUUGCAUAGUCUUAUAUCUUCAGUUCUGUAUAUUACUGCGAUGAUCUUCCUGCAAUAAAAAUCUUUUUUCCACACUUCAAAGUUAUGAUCUCUAUGUAUUUCUUUUGAACUUUUAUUUUAAUGUAUGUUGAGCAACAUAUUCCUGUCAAAUUUAGGUCAGUGGGGCACACCCACUUUGAGUGCUGCUGGCGUGUUUGGAAUGCUGGCCGGGGUACUAGCCUCCAUGAUAGAGUCCAUUGGAGACUAUUACGCAUGUGCAAGAUUAGCAGGGGCUCCACCUCCGCCGAAACACGCUAUAAAUAGAGGCAUUGGAAUGGAAGGGAUAGGCUGCCUACUGGCUGGAGCCUGGGGUAGCGGAAAUGGAACCACCUCUUACAGUGAGAACAUAGGAGCGAUUGGUAUCACAAAGGUAUUCGUGUGUCAUCAUUCACCUCGUGUUACAAGUUUUCCUAGUAGAGCUUAAUAUGUUGACGUUAUUCGUUUUCAGGUUGGCAGUCGUCGUGUUGUACAGUACGGAGCUCUAAUAAUGAUCCUACUCGGGAUACUCGGCAAAUUUGGUGCCUUGUUUACCACUAUUCCAAACCCCAUAGUGGGUGGAGUAUUUAUGGUCAUGUUUGGAAUGAUAACAGCAGUCGGUAUUUCCAAUCUUCAGUUUGUGGACUUGAAUUCUUCCAGAAAUCUCUUUAUCCUUGGUUUUUCAUUGGUGUUCGGAAUGGCGCUUCCCUAUUGGCUAUCUCGAGAGGAGAACAAGGACGUAAUACAAACAGGUUUGCUUCAAUUUCAAUCAUUUCAUUACAGACAGACGUUACCAGUUUGUCUUGUUUGAGUAUAAGCGAUGUCGGAACUCCAUAUCAUACGAUAUUUACAUUAUUCCCUAGGUGAACCCGAGCUCGACCAGAUUAUUACUGUGUUACUACGAACCAACAUGCUGGUUGGUGGAAUUACAGGUCUUCUACUUGACAACACAAUUCCGGGGUCACGUGAGGAACGAGGUAUGCUGGUAUGGAACAGUAAGGCGGGAGAAACUGGUCACAGUGGAAAUCAUGUUUAUGAUCUUCCAUUUGGAUUGAAAAAGUUGAGCUUUUACAAGUGCACUAAAUACGUUCCAUUUCUGCCGUAUUAUGAAAGCGAAGAAGUGCCAUCAGUGGAAUUAAAGGAAGUAUCACAAAAGCAUGUUGAUCUCCCAGCAGUUUAAUGUAACAGUUUCAUUAUUGUUACAGGAUAUGGUUCAUGGUUUUCAUAAGCUUUUAUUACUAAAUGACCGUUAGUUAUCGCUACUAAGAACUCAAUAAGGCAACCACAAAUUUUCUUUCAAAUUUUUUGUCAACUUUAAAAAAAGUUCUCAAAUGGAGGCAGCCAAUCAGAGGUGCCAUUCUUUUCCCUUUAGUGGAAACCAUCACGGCAUAUAAAUACAACUCUUUGAGGCAAAGACAAGUAGUUUCCGUAUGUUCGAGGUUAGCCGUAGCAUAGUGUGUUCAUAGCAUGGUAGAGAACGCCAAAUAAAUCAACUACAUAACGAAACCAUGCGUCCUAUUUGACAGGAGAUUAAGGGAAAGUGGGGAACUUGACCAAACAUUUUUAAUGAACAUGGGACAUCUUCUGAGAACAGGAAAACUGUGAAGGAAGGUCACCACCUAUACAAUAAUACAACCCUCAAAAACACAUUCCUUGCGAAAAGUACAUACCUCUCUAGAGAUAGGUCGUCCUAUCUUCAAAACAGAGUUUCCUUCCUAGAUAGCCGGGUCACUCACCAAAAACUAGCUGCCCUCCGAUAGUUUAUUCCUUUUAAAAAAUGUAUUCUCCCUCAAAAAUAUUUUGCCCUCCACGUAAAAACGUAACCCUUAAAUGAAGGUAAUAGAAACUCAGGCAAAUGCCUCAAUAUCUUUAUUACUGUUUUUAAAGUAAAAGUUUCUGAAAAAAGAAAAAAAAAUAAAAACGUAUGCACUGUAGACAUUAUGAGAAAUCGGAAAGAUGAAAAUCAGUUUCUAUUGUUUGUGGCAAAAGUGAGUGAGUGUGUCACGGUGCCGUAAGAAAGAAAUCGGGGACUAGAUCUGAUCUGUGUCGUGAGUGUGUAAUGUUUAACUCUUUUGGAGUUUCCCGCUAGAUAUAAGGGAGUUUAUAAGUCAGGCAACAAAUUCGUAUAUUGC